AGCCGACUGAGCAUGCCUGAAUGUUGCUCAGCAGCUCCAGAGCCUGGGAUGCGCGCUUGGUUAAUCCCAUUCACAGGGAGAGGGCCGCGGCGCGUGCGCUCGCUCGCUCGCUGUGACUGGCUGACGGGACUGAGCGAGGAGCAAGCAACUACACCAUGCUGUGCGCGAGCCGGUGAAGCGGGGUAAAGCGCAGCCCGCUCUGCUUCUGCUGCUGACAAGUCAACUAGAACAAGACUUUGGCGUGCUGAAAUCUCAUAAAUGUGAAACAAACCAUCUACCAUUAUGUUUGGCACUAAAAGAUGGGAACUGAGGCUGAGACAUAGUGGCCCACCCAAGGCCACCCAGCUAAAGAAAAAGUCCCAGUCUGUUGAUAUUUCUACACCAGGAUAUGACCCUCUGGCACCAGUACCACCGCAGGCAUUGCAACCAACUAGACCAACACCUAUCACUAACACAACCACUUCUGAAGAGGAACAAAACAAUACUGCCAACACUCAACGACGCAAUCCGCGGAGGGGUGAGCUGAAGAGAUACUACACCAUCGAUACUGGCCAGAAGAAGACCCUAGACAAGAAAGAUGGGAGGCGAAUGUCUUUUCAGAAGCCUAAAGGGACUAUUGAAUACACAGUCGAAUCCAGAGAUUCUCUCAAUAGUAUUGCCUUGAAAUUCGAUACCACACCAAAUGAAUUGGUUCAGUUAAACAAGCUGUUCUCCAGAGCAGUUGUUCCUGGACAGAUCUUAUAUGUUCCUGAUCCAGACUAUAUUUCCAGUGUGGAGAGUUCUCCUUCCCUUAGUCCCAUAAGUCCUUUAUCACCUACUUCUUCAGAAGCAGAGGUUGAGAAGACAGCUGUAAGUGAUCCAGAUGGACUACAUUCAAAAGAAGCAACAGCUACAUCAACUUACACAUGUGUUCGGCCUGCAAGGGUGGUAUCGUCCACAUCAGAGGAGGAGGAGGCUUUUACAGAGAAAUUUCUCAAAAUUAAUUGCAAAUACAUAACUAACGGCAAGGGAACAGUCAACGGUGUGCUGCUAGUGACGCCAAAUAAUAUAAUGUUUGAUCCACAUAAAACUGAUCCAUUGGUUCAAGAGAAUGGCUGUGAAGACUAUGGCAUCAUGUGUCCAAUGGAAGAAGUGAUGUCAGCUGCUAUGUAUAAAGAAAUUGUAGAUGGCAAAAUAAAGGAUUCAUUACCCAUCGAUGUAGAUCAGUUACCUGUAAAAGAUCUCUUCCAUCUCAAGAAAAUUACAAGAAGCAAUACUGAUGAAAUGGACACAAGGAUGAGAGAUACAGGGAAUGAUAGUGCCAGUACUGCUCCUAGAAGCACAGAGGAGUCUCUUUCUGAAGAUGUGUUCACGGAAUCGGAACUUUCUCCAAUACGAGAGGAGCUUGUUUCUUCUGAUGAGCUUCGGCAAGAUAAAUCUUCUGGUGCUUCAUUGGAAUCUGUCCAGACAGUAAACCAAACUGGUGCAGAACCUGUCACGAUUGUUGCAGAUUUAGUUAAUGUUGUUGGUGAUGUAAAUUCCAGUGUAGAACUGUCUGUGAAUGAUGAUAGCAAGUCUGUUAGUGAUACUAUGGACUCAGAAGCCUCUCAGAGAGCGCUGAAAGAGGUAGAAUGCACUGUAGGAGGAAAUGCUGCCGACGCUCAAGAAACACAUGAUGGCACAGAUCUAAAGGUUGGCACAGAUCAGGAAUCUGUGAUAGAAAAUGUACCGGACAGCGAGGAAUGUUUGCACUCUGAAGAAAAGGAUUCCAAAAAAGAAAUUCCAAAUAAGGGAAAUUUUAUGGGAGAGCCAACUCGGGAUUCUGAGACGGAUGUUGAGGAGCUACGGAAACUUUGGAAGAGCCAUACUAUGCAACAAACCAAACAGCAAAGGGACAACAUGCACCAGGACAACAUGCACCAAGAUGCACACAAAGAAAUGAAGCACAAAGUGGCAACAGCAGAUGGAACAAUAGAAAGUUCUCUUAUGAAGGAGAAGAGAAGACAUCGAUUACACAAGUUCCUGUGUCUCAGAGUUGGCAAACCAAUGAGGAAAACAUUUGUAUCUCAGGCCAGUUCAUUAAUGCAGCAAUAUGCACAGAGAGAUAAGAAACAUGAGUAUUGGUUUGCUGUACCACAGGAGAGGACUGAGCAUCUGUAUGCAUUUUUUGUUCAGUGGAGUCCAGAUAUAUAUGUAGAAGAUACUGGGGAGACAAGUAGAGAGCCUGGUUUUAUAGUAGUAAAAAAAAUAGAGUCUGAAGCCGGUGAGGAUUCGGUUAAUGAAGCAGCUGCUAAAGAGUGGGAGGUAGUGUCAGUGGCUGAGUAUCACCGCAGGAUCGAUGCUCUAAAUAGUGAAGAACUACGCACACUCUGCAGACGUCUCAAGAUAACCACAAGGGAAGACAUACAUUCAAAGCAGGGAACAACCAUCAAGACCGAACUGGAGCCUGAGGCGUUUCGGCCAAAUCUUAGCGAUCCCAGUGAAUUGCUACAACUGGAACAAAUUGAAAAGCUCACAAAACAUCUUCCACCUCGAACGAUUGGGUAUCCAUGGACUCUUGUCUACAGUACUGCAAAGCAUGGCAUGAGCUUGAAGACUCUGUACAGAACCAUGAUGGGGCUGGAUACUCCAGUGCUAAUGGUUAUUAAAGACAGUGAUGGGCAGAUUUUUGGUGCACUAGCUUCGGAGCCCUUUAAAGUGAGUGAUGGUUUUUAUGGCACUGGAGAAACCUUCCUCUUUACUUUCUGUCCAGAUUUUGAGAUCUUCAAGUGGACUGGAGACAAUAUGUUCUUUAUUAAAGGAGAUAUGGAUGCCCUAGCCUUUGGUGGUGGAGGGGGUGAAUUUGCGCUGUGGCUUGAUGGAGAUCUCUACCAUGGAAGAAGUCAUUCUUGUAAGACAUUUGGGAAUCACACUCUUUCUAAGAAAGAAGACUUCAUUAUACAAGACAUUGAAAUUUGGGGCUUUGAAUAAAUAUAAACUGCGAUUACAAAAGGUUGUCCCAAACCUGACAUGGAUCAGUGCAGCUCAAAAAGCCCUCGAAGCAAUAUAAUGCAGCUUUGUUGUUUGCAAUGCCUUUCAAAACUCUCUGCAUGGCCAUCUAAAUACCUUUACAUAAAACAGUGUGGGAGUGAGAGAUGUCGGUGUUAGAUUCUUUUCAUCAGCCUCUUCUAUUUGGUUAUAUUUGGUGAGAGGUGUAGCCCUCACAAAUCAUAAUUGAAUAUUUUAUCGAGGAGGCAGCUUUCAGUUGUCAUGUCUGUUUUUUCUUUCCACUCUUUCAAAGCCCUCUUGUAGUGCUCUGGGUCUGCCUCAUUGAGACACAGUCAAUAUCUAAAUUAAAUCAAACCCUAAUGCUGCAUGUCCCCAUAGGCCUAAAUAAGAGGAACAGAGAGUCAGGGUUCAUUGGCAAGUGACUGGUAUGGGCCAUUGGUAAGAGCAAUCAAACAGUGCCACUUAGUACACAAAUGUGUUCAUCCACAUUCAGCAGUGCCACUUCCUUUGUUCAUAUGUAGAGAGUUUGUCUGUUGCAUUUUACAGUUAAAACUUGGCUGCCCUAUUGAUUGUAUUGAAGUAUUUUGCACAUGCUGUUAAUGAUCUGCAGGCUUGAGACAAAAACCGGGCAAGGACAGAGCUACGUAGUGAAAAUGUAUAAAAUAGCAAUGGAAUGUCAGUUGAACAAAGCAAGCAUAAUGCAGUGGAUAACUUGUAGCUAUAGCAGGGCAUUAUAUGUACAGUACUAAGACUAUGAAACAGAUGCAUUUUCCCCCAAACAGCAUAAAGUGUCAGAUAUAUAUACUGUUUUAUAGUUCUUCUGUUGUAGCCUUGUAGCAUAUCCUCUCUGAAAAUUACUUCUAUCCAAAAGAGAAGAAUAAUACAAUUUUAGUGUUCUUUUUUCCCCUCUUUUGAGUGGAUAUAUGUUGUAAACUGCAGUUAGAACCAGCUCUGAUGCAAUGGAGUAAUGUACUCUAGGUAGACAUUGUAACUCAGUAGACUUGUUAUAUGCAAACUUACUGUUCUGUGACCUCAAGACAAAAAAAAAAGGCUAUAAUACAGUAAAUCAGUAGCUCUUGUCCACUUUUGUAAGAAAACUGAAAGCCAUUGUGGCAAUAAUCACUCUACAGUUUGUUUCAAAGCUUAUAUUCUAUGUAUGCAAAAAAAAAGAAAAAGAAAAAAUGCUGUUAAGUGUGACAGUGAAUAACUUUGUGCUGAAAUCUCAGCUAUUCCAGAUGAACAUUGUAUAUAUUAUCUUGUAAAUUAAUGUUUAAAAGUAGUUUUGUUAAUUUAGAGAGAAAAGUGUUGAUUGACGGGUUGCUUCUAGCACUUUAAAUUAUUCUAGAAAUGGAAUAAACAGCCAAAUCGUUUGUCUUAAAUAAUUAGCUAUAGUUGUAUAGUACGUCGCUAAUAUCCAGUUCUUUCAGGAGUUUGAAUACUUACCGAAAGGAUGCUUACUGCUGUGGUAAUGGGAAAGGGGCAGAUGUUCUAUAUCUCGCUAUACUACGUUCAUGCUCGAUCUAAAAAUAUAGGGCAUCGUUUUCCGUCUCAGUGUAUAGCUAUUUACUGUAUAGCUGUUAGAACUUAGUACAGUAUAUGUAGAUUCAAUGUUUACAAACAAAAACAAAUUGUAAAUAAAUUUAAAAUGGCUUUUUCUCCCCUUUGGUCUUCCACAGCAGUAUUAUUGUCUUUGUGGGCUUAAGACUAACUAUAAACAAUCCUGUAAUGGAUUUUAAGUACUAUAAGGUCAUAGUGAUAUAUAGCAAAUAAAUCUAAAUACAUGGAACAUCAAA